AUGGAAAGCGAUGUUACAUACAUUGAUAGGAAUUCCAUUGGUGAUUCAUUGAAUUUAUUAAAUGAAGAUCCGGCCCAAAUUUCAUCUGUAUUUAACUUCUCAAAAUAUAUGCAAUUAAGAAAUAUUGGCCAAAUUAUUGCAUUCGUUUUUACAGGAUUCACAAUUAGUGCUCCAUUAACUUUAUUUGCAAUGUUCAUGUCAAUUUUCACAACAUAUAUCUUUCAUAAGAUUAGAGAUUAUGCAGUCAACAACAUUAGAGCAAAAUUCAAAGUGAAUGCAGCAGCUAUGACAGUUUGUUUAGAAACGAUUUCAAAUCCAAGAACAGUUUACUUUUUCGAUCAGGAAGAAAGAAGCAUAAACAAGUAUUAUACGAUUGUUGAUCGUGUUUGCCAACUUGAAAGAAUCUUUCACGGAAUCUUUUCAAUUUCAUUUGGUGGAGAACGUACAUUUAAUGAAGGAACAUUUGCUGUAGUGUUAUCAUUUGGUGGAUAUCUUGUGAUUAGUGAUAGAAUGUCUGGAGGAAACCUUGUUGCAAUGUUGAGAAUUAUCAGCUCAUUUUCAUUUUUGUUUGGUCUUUUGAUGGGAACAGCCAAUAAUGAGGCAAGAAGUAUGGAAGCAGCAAAUAGAGUAUUUAAUUUAUUAGAAAAUACUCAGACUGUUGACUUGAAGAAAGGUUUAGAACCAGAAUCAUUGAAAGGAGAUAUCGAAUUCAAGAAUGUUUGGUUCAAAUAUCCAACUCGUGAUCAGUGGGUUCUUAAGAAUGUUUCAUUCAAAAUCAAUUCAGGCGACAUCGUUGCAUUUGUUGGACACAGUGGCUGUGGAAAGAGUACUAUUGUUCAGUUACUUCUCAGGUUCUAUGAUGUCAAUUCAGGUGAAGUCUUGAUUGAUGGUCGAAACAUCAAAGAAUAUUCACCAUCAUUCAUUCAUCGAAACAUCGGUGUUGUUCAACAAGACAGUGCAUUAUUCACACUUAGUGUUCGAGACAACAUUUUAUAUGGCAAGACAGACUCAACGAACGAAGACGUCGAGAAUGCUGCUAAAGUUGCAUUUGCACACAACUUCAUCAUAAAACUUCCACAUCAAUACGAUUCCAUGGUUGGUGAGAAAGGCACAACACUGAGUGGUGGACAGCGCCAACGAAUUGCCAUUGCACGUGCUGUUCUCAAGAAUCCAUCUCUCCUCAUCACAGACGAAGCGACAGCGGCACUUGACUCAGUGAGUGAGAAGAAAGUCGAGAAAGCACUUCGUUCAGUGAUGUCAUCACGAACAUCUAUUAUCAUUGCACACCGCCUUGGUACGAUCCGAUGUGCAUCACACAUCUUUGUUCUCGAUGACGGCGAAGUUGUUGAAGAAGGCAGUCACGACGAACUCAUUUCACGAAGAGGUGUUUACUACGAACUUGUUAAAAUCCAACUCGAUGCAUAA